ACUAUGUCCCUCCCUUGAUGAGGAAGUGAGCUCGGAAAUCGGGAUGAAGCGUUUCCCACAGCGUCCUCGUACCAUUUAACCAACGUCCGGCCAUUAAACGCACACAUUAGUUGUCCUCCCCCCCUCCACGUGGGUGUGCUCGUAGAGUAUAAGGAAACAUGGCGUGCGUCGCUUUUCAAACGCAGCUGUCGUCCAUCAUGGAGGUUUUGGUGAAGGCGGCGGUGGCGGAAAUCAGCAAGCUGGUCGAUGACAAUAGUGCCUUCCUGCACUUGGAAAUCUCGCGGAAGCAAAGCGAGAACGAGAUGUUGAAGAGGAAGCUGCUCGCCGCCGAGAGUAAUAACGCGCAGAUGCAGCGAGUGUUCGAAAGCUUAAUGGACAGAGGAUGUGACGGAGGAAGUGGUACCCACACAACAGGACUCAUCAAAGAAGAGAGUCCAGAUGAGGUUCUGUGGAUCAGCGAUCCUGCCGGCUCCGGUCACUUUGACGGCGACUCGUUUGCGUCAGAUGAGCACGGCCUCCACAUGUCGGUCAAGACGGAGAGAGAAACGGCGUCGGGCAGCUUCGGUAGGGACGGGUGCCAGCUGGGCGCCGUCAAGCAAAACCGACUGGCUGACUUGUCCCUGGACGAUCGAGACCACCAGGUGUGGUCGUCCAUCAUCGAAGGUGACGAUAUCGACUCUGCCUUCCCGGACUUUUCCAGCGUGGUGGCCGAGUACUCAGAUGCUUUUGCUGAGACGCGAAGGUCGAGCGGCCCCUCACAGCCAUCCUCUAACGGCGCUAACGACAGAGAGUACCCCAAGGAGCCCCCGGCGACCGCCUUUCCGUCCGGACCUCAGUCGGACCUGCGCAAGGAGCAGAUCUACCCGCAAGCCGGGGAAGCGUCGGACGUGCCGGCAGCUUUAGGCCAGCCAGACGCCGCCCAGCGCCCCUCCCUGCGGGGCUUGGCCUGUGCACAGUGUGGCAAGACCUUCUGGCGCCUGCAGCAGUUGAAGCUGCACCAGCAAAGCCACAAGCGCAAGCGGGUCUUCUGGUGCACCGUGUGUGGCAAAGGCUUUCAGUGCUCGUCGCACCUCAGCAUUCACUACCGCACGCACACGGGCGAGAAGCCGUAUGGCUGCCUUCAGUGCGGCAAGCGCUUCACGCAGCAGAGCAGCCUGCGCGUGCAUCAGCGCACGCACAGCGGCGAGCGGCCGUACAACUGUGCCGAGUGUGGCAAGACCUUCAUCCUCAUGCACCACCUCAAGCGCCACUGCGUGAUUCACACAUAUCGCUGACGCGGCUUGCCUUGGUGCGGACCUUGUACAGCAAGAGAAGUGUUGCCGGUCUGCUUGCUCAAUCGGACGGCAAUUCCACCCAGCGCACGGUUGCCGUGGAUACCGAUAAAUGAGCUAGGCAAGGAGGAGCUCGACCGGCAGCUUGAGGCUGCUCACAUGGUGCAAGUCUCCUCCGGCUCCACCGCCUCCAAGCCCAGCAGGGCUCCCCGCAGCCUGACAACCCUCACACAUGACUUAUUGGGCUCAAUUUGCAAGCCCCUGCACGCUGCAUGACGUUGGGUGUUUUCUUCAUCCUGCAAUCCAUGGCAGAAAUGUGACAGGAAAUGACUCAUCUGUACGCUGAUAUAAGAACUGCUGCAUGACACGAGUGUGACUUUUUCGCUCUGUCCAUUAAAUAGUUCUUGUUGGAACAAUCA